AUGAAGCCACGAGAGUACCGACGCCAAUGCCGCGAAUCACGGCGGGAUUCUCGCGGUAGAGAAUUCGACCACAGCCACCACCGCUGCCGCCAUCAUCAUUACUACUUCCAUGUCCUCCCACUCCUCCUCCUUCCGCUUUCCGCGGCGCUACUGCUGCACGCUUCUCCCGUGCAGUCCACUGCGAUUUCUCCCGAGGAGAGUGUAGAAAACGGCGUCAAUUCCGCCGCGUCUCACGGAGUUUACACGAGCGUCAAUCCUGCCGCGUCGCUCCACAGCAGCCGCCGGUUAGUCGUCGACGCGCUCCUUCCGGCGGGUCUGCGGUCCGCGCUGGACACGCCGUGCGCGACGGUGUGCUGCAGCAGCGCGGCGCAACCGGCGGAGGGGGAGGCGGUGAUGAAGAACGAAUGGCUGUCCACUGCCAUGCCCCAUGGCGCACGGGUCCAGAUCCGCUCGCCCACGUGGGGCACGUGGUGGGGGCCGGACAGCAACGGCAGCUGGUCCGGGUUCAUUCUCGCGGGCAACAAGACCCGUCCCCCGGCCUCCUACUUCUUCCGCGUGGAGCGCGCUCCUGGCCUCGCGCCCAACCAGGUGAGCAACAAGAGCUACGCUUCUGCGCCUGGUGACUCUCUCAGGGGAGUUCGUCCGCGCAGGCCCCCCCAAGCCCCCUGGUCCACCACCUAUGGCGUCAUGGACACCACUCCUUCCCACGCCGACCCCGCCACCAUCUUCUCUAUUGAGCCGCGCGGCACCUUCAGAGUCGCGUUCCCGAAUCUCCGCCUGGUCACCCUCUCAGGGGAGUUCGUCCGCGCAGGCCCCCCCCAAGCCCCCUGGUCCACCACCUACGGAGUCAUGGACACCACGCCCUCCCGCUCAGACCCCGCCACCAUUUUCUCUAUCGAGCCGCGCGGCACCGGCACCUUCCGCGUGGCGUUCCGAUCGGCCGCAGACGGCAUGGUGAUAAGCAACGAGGGCAACGCUCUGUACCGGUGGACGAGCGUGGCGAGCUCGUGGGAGGAGUUUGAAGUGAGGGAGGUGACGGUGGUGCCGGCAAUUCGCGGGGUGAACCUUGGUUCGUGGCUGGUCAUUGAGAACUGGAUGGUGCCUGGAUGGUACCCGAAUCCCAAGCCCUGGAAGGACGGCACUGCGUUUCGCCUGCAGCCCCUCAAGCUCACCACGUGGGUCACUGCCACUGACGGCGGCGGCUCCCUGAUCACGAGCACAGAGGCCAGUCGCACCAACACGUACAACAACUUCCGAGCCCUUCUCAACGACGAUGGCACCGUGCGGGGCCAGAGCAACUUCACCUUCGUAUUCAACCCCACCAGCAGCUACUCUCUCGCGCUCAUCCUCGCACCCAACGGCAAAUACCUCCUGCCGUCCUCCUCCGGCCUCCUAAUCGCUGCAUUGAACCCCGAACUGCUGCCCUCGGCCUCUCGCUGGGAGUCAGCAGCCGUGUUUAAAGUCGAGCUGACGAACCAGGUGAACGGAGAGUGGCAAUACGCCAAGUCCCUGGGCGGGCCACAGGCAGCAGCAGCGCCCAUGUCCUCCUUCCGCUCUGCCUACCUCUCCGAGUCCGACUUCCAAACCAUGGCUGCCAACAACAUCAACACCGUUCGCAUCCCCGUGGGAUACUGGAUCAUGGAAAGCCCUUCCAUCUCAUCCUCCGAGUUCCCCUUUCCCUCCGGCGCCCUCGCUUCCUUGGACUGGGCGUUCCGAAUGGCGAAUAAGUACAAGAUUCGCGUGUGGUUCUCCCCUCAUGCAGUCUUCGGCACGAAUUCGGGGUUUCUCGGCGGGAGGUCGGGUCUCUGCGAGUUUUCCGUGCGGAACAACACCUUGCGGACUUUAGACAUGAUCGAGUUUUUAGUUAAGCGUUACGCCGUCGAUCCGGCUUUCCUCGGGCUCGGAUUGAUGAACGAGCCUCUCGCGCCGUGGAACUACGGGUUGAUGUCGGGAAUAUCUAUCGAUCUUCUGUCAUGGUACUAUAAGAGCGCGUAUGACAUCGUUCGGAAGUAUUCUCCGUGCGCGUACAUCGCUAUAGAGGGGCGCGUGGGGAGCUCUAUAUGGGAGGUGCACUGGUUGCUGUAUGGCACGUGGCACACUAAUAUAGUGCUGGAGCAGCAUAUGUACAAUGUGUUCUAUGGAUGGGAGGGGCUGACUCCGCAGCAGGAGGUGGAGGAGACGCUGAGAGGACGGCUGGAAGAAAUCAAGGGGCUGCAAUCGUGGGGCAUGCCAGUGCUGGUGGGGGAAUGGUGCCUGUCAAUGCGCAACCUUUUGAGACGUCUCAAAAUACUAGUGGGCGAGUGGUGUCUAUCAAUGCGAAACCCAGACCCCUCAGUCACAGCGCAGUUCGGUCUCAAUCAGCUCAAAGCCUUCUCCACAGCCAAGGCCGGCUGGUUCUUCUGGUCCUACAAGCACAACAUCUCGGCAAUUGAGACACUUUCUUUCCUCGCUGCGUGCCCCUUUGCCCUGCUUCCCUUGCUCCCUCUCCUUCUCUCAACCUUCCCUAGCCUACUCGCCUCCUCCUUCCAUUCAUCCUCUUCCCCAUCCUCCCCCUCACCUGUCCAAGUCACACUUUCCUCGGUCUUUGUCUCUUCCUCCUACCAUUCCUCCCAAACGUCUCUUCUCCUCCCUCACCAUUCCCCCCUUCCCUCUUUCCCCACACCAUUCCCCCCUCCCCUCUCUUCCCCCACACCAAUUCCCCCUCCCACCUAA